UCUCACUCGGUCCGCGAACGUAAUGCCGGCACAUCGUCGUCUUCUCGUUCCGUCGCUCGCGUGAUCCCGCUAAAACAAUUACACACUACAAACUCGUAUCACUAAUAUUAUUAUUUUUAUUUUUCGUUCCGUCGACAACUCGCGGGCUCGUACACUCAGCGUUCUACCAUCGUCUGCUAUAACAUUCCGUUGACAAUAUAUUUUUUAUUUACGUUCGGUUUUUUGAUUUAAUUUUUUUAAAUUUUUUUAAAUUUUUUUCUAUUGUCUACUCGCUUGCCGCAGUAUUGGUGAAAAAUUGGACAACGCUGCAGGUUACUCUCGCCGUCGGCCGACCACAACACGCUGUCCACUAUAUAUUAUAAUAAUCCAUCAGUCGAGUGAUCCGGUUGAUGCGCGAAGGAAGGGGACCGCCAAUCGGAGCCGGCUAUGUCAUCUGAGGAGGACGGCGGCAACCACGGAACGACGGCGGUGGCGGGGGGCGCAGAGUGUUUCGUCGGCGGCGGCGGCAUCGGUGGUGGGGGUGAUCCGUUGGACGGUUCGGCCGACAAACUGUUGAAGAACAAGGCGAAGCGGAGCAGACAGCGCGUGGAUGCCGGCGAGCCGCGUAACAGCUACUCGUCCAUACCGAAUUUCAGUUCUCGACCGAUCGUGUCCUCAGCACCACUGCUCAACCAGGCUGCUAGCUUCUACGGAGCAUUUUUCGGCCAAGGCCACCAGCAGUACUUCUUCAACCAGGGCUUCGCGCCCGGUAAAAUGCUAAACGAGUUCAUCGGCCGUCAAGUCAAAGAAGAAAUGGUGACCAUGGAUUCGUCCGAUUGUUUGACGCAACCGCUGCCCGGUCUGCCCGGUUCGCCGGCCGCCGGACCCAACAGCGAGUUGGCCCAUCACAAUAUGCUCCGCGACAUACUACAGGGCAGAAAAAAGGAGCUGCUCGCACUAGAACAGGAGUUCCGAAAUUCCGACGACCCGUCGUCGCCGGACAACAGUAUUAUGAACAACAACAACAAUAUCAACAGUAAUAAGAACGACAUCAGUGGCGCGGACGAGUGCGUCGUCACCAACGCCGCCAAAAAUUUGGUCGCCGCGGACAUUGUCGACAACUGCAGCGGCAAGCCGGUCGAUCCGGCCGAGGUAAGCUCAGUGAACAAUUUUAUUAACAACAACAACAAUAACAAUAACACGGUGACCAAUGAUCACGACGCGGACGACAUGAACGACGGUACCGAUUCCGAGAGGUCUCUGGGCUCGCCCGUGUCCGACACUAAAGAAAUCGCGGCCGAAGAGCACAGCAAAGACUUCGAGGUGAAAGUCGAACAAAACGAGUUGAAAAAAGCUAGGGUCGAAAAUAUCGUGUCCACGAUGAGGUCCAGCCCUUCGUUGCCGGUCCAGGUCAACGGCUGCAAAAAACGCAAGCUGUACCACCCGCAACAGCACGACAAUAGCGAGCGGUACAACACGAUGGACGUGGACGACGACGACAACGACGACGACGACGAAGAUCUUAGUCCUAAUGAACUCAGACAAAAAAUGGACGAGAAAAACGUAUUGAAGGACCAACUGCGCACCAUGCAGGAACAGUUGGCCGAAAUGCAACACAAGUACGUGCAGCUGUGCACCAGAAUGGACAACGACGACGAGCCCGAGGACGGCAGCGACGCCGAACAGGAACAGGCGGAAAUCUCGGCGGCAAGGCAGAGUCCACCGAUCGCCCCGAAAUGCACUACGCCACUGCCGAUGAUGCCCUCGUCGGCUCAACAGAUCAACCCAAACUACUCGAAAAUGGUCAAAUUCCUGCCACAGACGCACAUGCCCAUACACCCGUCAUUCAACGGAGCGCUGACAUUGCUCCAGCAGCAAGUGCUCCAAGAACAGCACAACACUCACAUCCAGCACCACGCCAUCAACAACGCGGCGGCCAUGUACCUGCAAGGAGUUGGCCACAAACUGUUCAUGGAGCAGGAAGCCAGGCUGGCCAAGGAAGCCGCGAUCGCGGCCGAACAGCAACUACAUCAACAACAGCAGCAACAACAACAACUGCAACAGCAACAACAACAACAUCAACAACAGCAACAGCAACUACAACAACAGCAACAGCAGCAGCAGCAGCAACAGCAACAACAGCAACAACAGCAACACCACCAUCAACAUCACGUCAACCACCAGAUGAACGUGCCAGCACCCAUGCACCCGCAGAAAGCCGCCUCGGCCGAGACGCCCGAAAAGAUUGCUGCGGUGCCCGGGUCUGGCCGUCAGCCACCCACCACGCCACCGUUCCCGGACCUCGACCUGUUGGCGGACGCGCUCAAGUCUGAGAUAUCCACCACACUGACCGGGCUCAUCGACACGAUCAUGGCCAAGUUCACGCAGCAACAGCAGCAACAGCAACAACAGCGCAAAUCGUCCAAGACGGCCGACGCAGCGGACAUGCAGCUGAUGACCAAAGACGUCGACCGCAAGUCACCCCGGACCAAAGUCAUCGACCGCGGAAGCCACGGUGCCGACCGUAACUCCGGUUUGGUCAACGGCCUGUCGAAGAUGAUGAACGGCGUCGGUAGCGCUGGUUAUGGUAACGCGAGCCAGGUGCCGGUGACAGGAGGCGGUAACGGCGUGACGAUCGGCGGAGGUGGUAACGGUCUGCUGCAGAUGCCCAGCAAUGGACCGGCCGAGAUGAGAAACGGUCUGGUCAACACGACAUGCGGCGCCGCCGCCGGCCUGUACAACGGCGCGGACGCUGUCGCGGCUGCCGCAGCGCUCGGGCACGUUCGGGGUGCCCAAAUGUUUGCGCCAAAAUUGCACGGCUCAGCUGGCCUUAGCAACGCGGCCGCAGCGGCUGCCCUAUAUUCGUCUAUGAGCGGACUGCCGUCUCACCUGAACCCGUUCUGCAUGGAACGCGAACCGGCACCCGAGCAGAACGAGGCGCUCAGCCUGGUUGUGAUACCCAAAAAGAAACGACACAAGGUGACCGACACCCGGAUCACCCCUCGCGCCAUUAACCGCAUACUCACCCAGGACUCGGCGAACAACAACAGCAGCAGCAAUAACAAUAACAACAACAGUAACAGCGGCGGAAAUCCUAUGCAAUCGUUGGACGGAAGGGCGCAGCAACCGGUCGGCGGCGCCCAGGCCAUGCAGCAAUCCGCUGCAGUUAUGCAACCCGCGGCCGGCGACUCACCCCCGCCGCCCCCGCCGUCCCAACAGCGGCCGUUCCACCAGCAGCAACAGCAAUCGCCGUCGAUCGCGCCGGCCGCACCUCAGCCGCCGCCGCCACCCCCGAUGCCCUUGCUGCCGGUGUCGCUGCCCACAUCGGUGGCCAUACCCAACCCCAGCCUGCACGAAUCGCAGGUGUUCAGCCCUUACAGCCCGUUCUACACCAGCCAGCACCAGGGAGUGCCGCACCACAUCCCGUCGUCCAGCCCACCCGGCAUGUCCGACUCGCCGCCACCGCCGCCGCCGCAGCACCACCACGGGUCACUGCUCCACCCCGCCUUGCUAGCCGCCGCGCAGCACCACAACUCGUCACCGGACCUGAUGAGCAUGAAAGCCCGGAUGGACAUGUCCAUGGGCAACGGCGGUAACGACAGCGUCGACCGCAUAUCUGAGUGCAAUUCAGGAGAUGGACCGUACGACGGCAUGUCGCCUAUAUCGUCAACCCUGACUCCGAUGCACUUGCGAAAAGCCAAACUGAUGUUCUUCUGGGUCCGGUACCCCAGCUCGGCAAUCCUGAAGAUGUACUUCCCCGACAUCAAGUUCAACAAGAAUAACACCGCACAACUAGUCAAGUGGUUCUCAAACUUCAGAGAGUUCUAUUACAUUCAGAUGGAAAAAUACGCACGGCAAGCCGUUAGCGAGGGUUUGCAGAGAUCUGAGGACAUACACGUCAACAAGGACAGCGAGAUCUACAGGGUCCUCAACUUGCACUACAACCGCAACAACCACAUUGAGGUAUGCCUCUGCCAGCACCACAAAAACGAGUGUAUAUAUUGCGGUAUACCUGAACCGGCACCUAGCAAUUUCGAAUAUGUGGUCCAGCAGACGUUACGCGAAUUUUUCGUGGCCAUCCAGAACGGAAAGGACACGGAACAGUCGUGGAAAAAGUCUAUAUACAAGGUCAUCUCUCGCAUGGACGACACCGUGCCGGAGUACUUCAGGUCUCCGAACUUCCUCGAACAGCUCGAAUAAACGGUAUAUAAUUAUGUAUACAUCAUAUAUAUAUAUGUACACAUAAUAUAUAUAUAUAUAAUACCUACUACAUUAUAUACACGCAUUCGACAUCGCGUCUGUAAACUGUGCUUUUUUUUUAAGAAAUUUAAUUAUUAUUAUCGUUUUCAAUGAGAAAAACGAAAACAAAAACGAAAGCUCAAAACAUUGAGUUUUUGUGAUGGGUUAUAUUAUAUUCUAUAUAUGCAUUGUUGUGUACAGUCAUUUUGAAAACAAAUUUUAUAACAUUCAUUAUGUUUUACUUUUUGGUUUCCAAAUAUUUUUAUAAAACAUAAGGGCGGUCUCUUUGUACAAAGGAAAAUAAUAAUAUUAUGUUGUACAAAAAAUUUGAAUUUAUCUUUACUUAUUUUAUUUUUAUAUAAUUAUAUAUAUAUUUUAAAAAGAAAAAUUAUAAUCGCUUAAAUAUUGAAAUUAUAUAUAUGUAUAUGGAAUAGUCUAAAUGUAUAUAGGGAACAAGAGACCCACCAAUUUUUAUUUAUAAAAAAAAAACCAAUAUUACGAUGUAUAGUAGAGAUAUUAUUGCCCCAGCGAUGGGUCGGUUAAUGUACACAACAUAUUAUUUAUAUAUAUUAAUUGAUUGUUAAAACUACAUUUUAUUCACACGGGGUACCCAUUUUAUUAAUAUGAUUAUUAUUAUUAUUAUUAUUAUUAUUAUUAUUAUUAUUAUUAUUAUUAUUAUUAUCAUUAUUGUCAUUAUGAUUAUUAUGUACCUAUUAUUAUUUUUAAUUUUUACAUCAAUGUUUAGGUUAGGUUAUAUUGUUAUUUCACAAUUUUAUAGCACUUGAUAACAAACAAAAAAAUUUAAACAAAAAUAAUCUGCCUGCUAUGGCAUUCAAAUACUCCCUCCCCCUCCCCCCACUCACGUGAUCUCACAUUAUUCCAAUUAUUAAUCUAGCGUAAUUUUUAUUUUUUAGUUUAUUUUAUUUUAUUUUAUUUAUUUUAUUAUUAUUAUUUUUUUUUUUUUUUUUUGGUGUGGUGAGUUUCUCCUAGUCAAAUAAAUUAAAAAUAAAAGGAUCAUAUAUAUUAUUUUAACAGUUCUUAUAAUAUUAUAA